GCCAUGUGGGCAGGGCUGGGGCUAGUUCUGGCUGUCUGUCUCCUCCCUGGAGGAGGGACAGAGAUCCAGAACUGCAGGGAGCCCCCAGAAUGGCGUAUUGGGGAGGAGAACCCGAUGCUGAACUCUAGGGGCUCGGUGACGGUGGUGGCACUCCUCCAAGCUAGCUGAUACUUGUGCCUGCUGCAGGCUUCCAGAUUGGAGGACCUGCGAGUGAAGUUACAGAAUGAAGGACUGGUCAAUAUCUCAUAUGUAGUUGUUAACCAUCAGGGAACUUCUUCCCAGAGGAAAUUUCACCUACUGAAGGAAAGUGUUUCAGACUAUAUUACUGUCUACCAGCAAGAUGAACAGCAAGCUGAUGUCUGGACUACCUUAAAUGGAAACAAAGAUGACUUUCUCAUCUAUGACAGAUGCGGCCGUCUAGUGUAUCAUCUGGGUCUGCCUUAUUCCUUCCUGUCCUUUCAAUAUGUAGCAGAAUCUAUUAAGAUUGCAUACUGUGAAAACAAGUGUGGAAACUGCUCUUACAUGGAACCUGAUAUUGAUGGUAUAUGUGAAAACAUCACCAAAAAAGCAGAUGAAAAGCUAGCAGAGGUAGAACCCAAACCAACCGGUCAACAUUCACAUCACCACAGCCUGCACAGACACAGACACCACCACCACCAUCACGAGAGCAGCCGUCAUUCCAAAAAUGAGAAUCAUCAGUCUCCUUCUGAAACCCAAAGACAUCAUCCCCACAGCAGUCGGCGUCAUAGAGUUUUUGGCCAUAACACACAUGAUCAGACAGGUAGUCAUGAACAGGUAGACAUUGGUCCUCCAGGGGAAAGUGUGGAAAUGACACAAGAUAAAAAGCUAUGAAAAAAAGGGAAGAACAGCUGUAAAAACCAGUUAACUUGACAUUGGCAGACAGCAUCAGACUCAGCUUCUAGUAACUGAUGCUGUCAUUGUCGACACCUUUUGUUUGAAGAGCUAGGAAAUUCUGUCACUUGACAGUGUCGUGGAGCACUUCCAAGUUCUUGCAGGUGACAUGGUCAGCUGUCAGCAGAGGACAUCACUGAAUCUUGACAGUGACGUCUGCUCACUGCUGCCUGACAGUCACCAGCAGCAGGAGCAACUGAAACUAGUGACACCUGACAGUGACAGGAAAAGGCAAGAAACUGAGCCUGAAAAACAAAUUAA